UGCUGCAAGCCGAGCAAACCUGGCAACCUGGCAGCUUUUACGGGAGACCGAUUGGCAAUCUGGCAAUGCGGAAAUAGAUCUGGCACCCCCGAUUCCUGACUGAGGAGAGAGGCGUGACAGAGCGAGCAGAGAGGAGAGGGGAUUGCAUUGAGAAAGAUAAAAUAAUCAACUCUUCUUUCCUCUUUUUCCUUUUUUUGAGUAAAAGUGCUCAGGUGCGCUCCUCCUGCACCAGCUGGGAUUUUUCCAGCAUUUGUUUCUUUUAAUUUGACAAGUCUGAGAAGAAAGGAGGAAGAAGAUUUUUUUUAUCGCGCGGAUUCCGGACUUCUUUACUGACUUUUCCUUUUUGCAUCAAGCAUGGAUGUGUUGGCGAAUUACAGUAUUUUCCAGGAACUCCAACUCGUUCAUGACACUGGUUAUUUCUCUGCGAUGCCUUCCCUGGAGGAGAACUGGCAGCAGACAUGUCUAGAGCUGGAGCGGUAUCUACAAACGGAGCCCAAGCGACUCUCAGAACUCUUUGAUGAGGAGCUGGACUGCCUUUUAACGCCAGCCUUCAUGCAGGGUGGUGACAGUGACGAGGACCUGAUGGAUCCCCUCCUCCCCAGCCUCCCUGACCAACCCAGCCCGCCUCCACUCCUGGUAACGCUUCCCAAGGUUCAGGCCAAAAUCCUCCACGUGCCCAACCCCAGCAAGACCCAGUCAGAGGCAGGGACCGAACCCCUCAUGACAAAAGAUCACGUCCUCGCAGGAGUCAGUGCCGCACAGCUUAGCGCAGCUGUUACAUCCCUAACACCGCCAUCGUCACCGGAGCUAGGCCGCCACCUCAUCAAACCCACGCAAACACUGACUGCGACAGCAGACGGCACACUAACGCUCAAACUUGUGGCGAAGAAGGUCGGGUUAGGGGCGGCGAAACUGGUGGCAGCGCGAGCGUUACCGUCACCGCCGAGCCGAGGAGGAGCCCUCAGUGACAGCGAGCAGGGAGGAGGAGGAAGUCUGGGAGGAGACAUACCGGAGAACAAGAAGAGAGUCCACCGGUGCCAGUUCAACGGCUGCAGGAAGGUUUACACCAAGAGCUCCCAUCUGAAGGCACAUCAGAGGACUCACACAGGUGAGAAGCCCUAUAAGUGCUCAUGGGAAGGCUGCGAGUGGCGCUUUGCCCGCAGUGACGAGCUGACACGACACUACCGCAAACACACCGGAGCGAAGCCAUUCAAGUGCAACCACUGCGACAGGUGUUUCUCCCGGUCAGACCACCUGGCCCUGCACAUGAAGAGGCACAUCUGAGGGCAGAGGAGAAAGGAGUGGGAGAGGAGUGAUGAAGAGGAGGAGGAGAGAUAGGAGGAGAGAGGGAUGGGGCAGUCGAGCUACCAACAGCCUGCCUCGUUCACCCCGUCCGUACACCAGUCGGCAGCCAUGACGCCUGCAGGGCGGCGCAUCCAUCUGAGAGGGCCGUAGAAAUCGAACUGACUCAUGGCCGUCUUGCUGCAGACGGGGACCGGAGGAAAACGAGGAGUAGCUAGAUUGUUGAUUUUCUUAAAAAUUACACACUCACACACUUGCAAUAGUAAACACUCCACAUCGCCGUCUUUGAAUGCUUCAUCCUGGUGAACCCCGGCUGCUCUCUGUGCAGCUCUGGGGCCUUGGACACUGCCAACAUAUUCUUAACUUGCUUGCCGAAACAUUUACGCCGCCUUUUUUUCUUUCUCUGUAGUCAGUGUGGGUCACUUUGGGUGAGGAGAUAGUUCAGUGGGGAAACUUUAAAUAUCCAUAUAGUCAGUUUGUUAGUGCUUUACCGGAUCAAAUACUCAAUCUUUGUUUUUUCUCAUUCACGGAAUAAAAGAAACCAUCAUCUGCCGCAGUCAGCUUCAGUAAGAAAACAACAAUGCCAAACCUGCAGGAGAGACACCGAACAGAUUGACUUCUAGCAGAGCUGACAAUCCUAAACCCGGUUUUGGACGCUUAUUGCACCUAAAGGACCUGGGUCAGCGGGUGCUCCUGCAGCUCUCAGGCUCUCCUCAUGUAGGUGUUUGCAUCUCUCACCUUCACUGAGACGCCUGCCGCCUCCACAGGCCAUCUGACAGAAAUGCGCAGCGACACUUUCCUUCCUUUUUUUUCUACUUAGAGGACGAUAAUUCUUCUUAUUGUUGUUAUUACAAAGAAUGACACUUUGUUCUUUUCUCUCUCGUGGAGAAAAUGUCUUAAAACUCACUGAAUUGUGUUUUUGAGGAAAUAAAAAAAAAGAAAAUCUAAGAUGACUUCAACAGAAUGUGUGGGAUGAGAAGGAGAGCGUUGUUGGACUUUUAAUCCCCAUGAGCACCGGCUGUGCUUGUGCAGUCUGUAAGCAACCAGCGGAUGAAAAAAAAACAGAAUCAUACCGGCUCAGAAAAGGGAUUUGGUUUUUUUGUUGUUUUUUUUUUUUUUUAAGAAAAAAAAAUGAAAGCAAGGAGUGGAGAGGUCUUCAGUUUUUUGUGCUGCUCCUGCCCUGUGAUUCACUCCAGAUGGAAAACAAAACCUGUGCACGACCCCGCGCGGUCUCGUACUCUGUUGGAGUCAGGCGGAGGACUUGCUUAAAACUGGAAACCUGUUUUUUUCUUUCUUUCUUUUUGUUGAUUCUCAAAACCAUCUUCUCACAGACUCUAAUAUCUAAUCCUUCUGGCAUCACCGCAGGGCGAGAACGGAGGCUGAUGAGCCGCUUUUUCCGUAAUUCACGUGGGAUUUAAGACACCAACGGACCUUUUGUGAGCCGACACGGCCACACGCACGGCCCGGUCAAACUUUGCCUGUUUUUUCAUUGACUGCACUGACUUUUUUUCAAUGUUAUCUGUGCUUUUUUUUCUCUACAAGAACAAAAAAAGGAACACAAAGACAAAAAAAUGAUAAAAGACUCGAAAAAAUCCAAUACAAAAAACAAUCCUGUCUCGCUCUACACGUUGUAUACAGAACAAGCACACAUACUCCGUCGACACACAAACACAAACAGACUUACACUGCAGUUUCUUUGCUCACGGCUCCUCUCCAGAUAAGACUAAUAAGAUUUAGGAAAAUAAUUAUUAAACUAAUGAACAGAGUUGGAAAACAAAACACUGCAUGGCAGGCUUUAGCGCAAACACACAAACAUGGACGCACAGACGCACACGCACACUCUUCCUGGAUUUAUAUGUUCUGCUCCCAGAUCUUUUUUUCACAGUAGGAAUUUAGCAACUGUUGUUUAGUAGAGGAGUAUCUUAGCUCUCGGCUGGAGGUAACAAACGAGUCCAAAUCCUUUGAAGUGAGAAAUCAGCUUGUUCUCAGUUCCAGAAAUCACCCACAUAUCCUCGGCUACAGUUCUGCCUCUCAUUUAAUCAGCGUUUUUACUUCAGAGACUCUUCCAGGGUAGAAGCCACGUUUAUCAGACUUUCUGUAGUAAUAGAAAUGAUUUAGAGAGCAACAGGCCUUUUAUCAAAACUUACAACACCGUUGCGAACAUGACGAUAAUCUACGAAGCGCCUCUAAUGUAGACUGAAACUGUCCUCAAAGAAAUCCACGUCACUUCCUAAUACAGAGACAGAAGCAUUGGCAGAUCAGCUAUGGGUUGCACCAGCUACUUGUGAGUUCAGACGUCGCCUAGCUUAAAUGUAAGCUCAUACUAGACAGAGUUUAUGCUUUACUAUCAUUGAAGGUGUUGCACCAGCUAUGUGUGAGUUCAAAUGUGGCCUAGCUUAAAUGUAAGCUCAUACUAGACAGAGUUUAUGUUUAGUGGGGUAUCCUUUUGAAAAGUUAAAUAACCUGACGGUUUGGAGGAGCACAGAGCAUUUGGCAGCUGUUUGGUGUGAGGUAAUAAAAGUUUUGUAUUUUUUAUUAUAUCUGUUUUAUCUUAAUUUAUUUGAGUUUUGACUUUCUGUGUCAAAUUUUAGUUUAGUCAUAAUUAGAUUUCCCUACUGUUUUUUUUUUUUAUUUCGCAAGAUGCUGUUUAAUACAUUUUGUAUUAGUUUUAUUUUCUUUGACAAUAAGAGAUACUUGGGGUGAGACUCAAAGAGUCAGAAAAUUUAAACAUCAUACAAUUUUUAAAGAUACCUUCAAAUAGGCUACUUUUUUCUUUUCUUUUCUUUGCAACUUUGCAGAGCCAUUAGCCACAGUGGCUGGGUAAUGUCACGCCCUGCAAACAGUGACAAAACUUGCAAUAGAACUUAAAGUUCCACUGUAGGACUUUAACUUAAGACAGAGUGUAGACAUAGCUGGUGCAACAGGUCACUCAUUCAUUAAAAAAAGAGUUUAUCAGCCUUUCAGUUGUGGAAAAAUUCAUCGGGAAAUAGCUAAAUUUGGCCUUAACCCCAGAGGAAACAGUUAUUUGACUUAGGAGGGUUAUAUUGCUGUUAUUCCAUUUUAAAGCCACAGCAACUACUUUGAUUGACUGAAUUGGAGAAAAUGUUGGGUUUUUUUCCACAGAAUCAGUUUUUUUGUCAUGCUAGAGUCUGUUUCCUCACAGAAGCAUCAACGCUAUGGUACAUUAGGAUGAAAAUCAAAUUAUUUCAAUCAUCAGUAUACCUAUAGUAUGGAAGCCCUAAGUGGACAUUCAUCCAUACAUUUUAUUUAUUUUAAUAUAUUUAUAUCAUUGUCUCAAGAUAACAUCACGAGCUAAAGAACAACAUUAUUAACUCAUUAUCACAGGAAAAAGUUUAAAAUCAAAGGAAUACAUUUAUAUCCUCUUAGGGCUUCUGUGACAAAUGCAUCCCACAGAAGAAGACUUGGUAUGAUAAUUAGCAGAGGCCAGAAAUGAACGCAUUUUUAUGAAAAUUAUCAGUGAGAUGGCGUGCUAAUGACUUUUUGCUAGCUUUAUAGCCUACUGCAGCUAACCACUUAGCUAGCUACCUAGCUAUUUGACAAAACCACAAAAAAUGCUGAAUGUCUUUGCCUUUUAUCUGUAAUAUUUUGAAGUUCGUGGGCCCGUCUUCAUACUCUGUUCAUAUUUAUCAGUAAGCUGUUAGCUAAAAUGAGCUACACUUCAAUAUACGAGGAUUUCCAUCUUUGACAGAGGUGUAAUCACUUAUUCUGAAUUCUCUGGUGUAAAAAUGUAAUAUGAGAGGCAAAAACUGUGCCAGUACAUAUCCACGCCUGCUUCUUUUGCUCAAUUGUUGCAGAUGAAAUAAACCUGCCUGGCAAUGAAUGAGGGCAUUACUGAGACGCCAACAGCAACAUUUACACCACUGCUCCAUCCGCCCACCACCACCUAUAUGCCCUGUAGCGCUUGCUAACAGUCUAAUACUCACUUCUGACUGGUACAGCUGGGUGAGGGUUCAGGGUUCCUGAAGCUGGCGGGGGUUUUCGUAUCCCAGCAUGCCCAGUCAUCAUGCCAGUCGGCCUUGCCAGCCUUCAUUAGGUGAAACAGUGAAAACAUUCCCCUUCAAGGGGGUUUAUGGUGCAGCUUGGAACAAUCGAUACCAAAAACCUCCAGCGUGGAACUGCCCUUCAGCCAGGGGCAGAGUCUCCCAGGUCAGGAGAGAUCAGCGGGAGACCGCCUCCAUAUGAGGCCUCUGUAUCCAGCGGCAGCUUUCUCUACUAACUCUCUCUUUCUGCUAAAUACAACAUAAAGCAACCCACGUUUGGAUGAAUCCAGUGUUUCACUUUUGAUUUUAUUUCAUUGUUUGCUUUCCGUAACAAAAGCUGUGUUGAUGGUUGUUUUCUUCAGCUUGGAUGAUGCAAAGUCACGCCAAAAUGUCGAGACAUGCAACAGGAUGUAGAAGGAACCCCCUAAACAGGACAUACAAUCAUAGAGGGACGGGGAUCGUAGCACUUUUGUGAAGCUUUUGAUGGCAUGAAUGUGAAUGUGUGCAUGUACGUGUGCGUGUGUCUCCAAUAGGCAAACUGUGAGGGAAUUCAGCAAGGUGGUUGAUAUCAGAGUUUUAACUGCUGAACAUGUGUGCAACCUUGUGGGAGAAACGUUACUGCUGUUGAAAAAUGCUCUUAAUCCAAGUGAUGGCUGACAAUGUGUUUAGUUUUGGUUCAACCCUUCAUUCGUACGUACGUUCAUUCACCCACAUUAUCCGUGCCCACUUUCCAAACUCUGAGAAUUUAUUAGUAUUUCAGCUCUCUAACGUAAAAUUAGAUCCUAAAAAUACCAUAUUCAGCACAAACAUUGUUGUUACAACCAUUGUAUCCUUAGUUAAAGGAAGUAGGACACAUAAUCUGCAGCUCAUUUGCAUUUUGUCCCCAUUUGUCUUGUCACUUUUUAUUAGCAGACUCAUUUUCUGAGCUGCUAACACCAAAAGAGGACCUAAUUUAUGGGAAACUGAUGCAAGCUGUGUCUUUUUGCAGUUAAGGCCAACAUUUGCCUGUAUUCAGGUGACAAGUUAAAGCUGAAAUUGAUCUGCUUUUUGAAAAAAAAGAAUACUUAAUCAUGACCAAUACAGUGCCUAUAAAUAGUAUUCACCCUGUGGAUUUUUUACCCUUUUAUUGA